UGGUAUAUCUGUGUCCACUCUCUGGAGCGAAGGCUCUGGUGGGUACUUUUCUUUCUUCUCCUAGGUUUUGAAGAUGUUUAAAUGAUGGUAGAGUGUUCCUGUAGCCCUGAUCCCCAACGGCCUCUGAAUGGUUGUGUGGUCUGUUGUUCCGCGUCCUCUGAGCCAGGCAGCGGCCCCUAGAAGUCCCCUGGUGAGGACAACCCUGGACCGCCGGGCCCUCCAGGGCUCCGACCCCAAGCAGCUGGGGGUCCUGAGAGCCUCCCUCAGCCAGGCCAUACAAGAUCUGAACUCGGAGCUGGUGGGUCUCCUCCAGACCAGAGACCAACUGAGGACCGAGCAAGAUGCCAUGCUGGUCGAGGUCCAGGACCUCACCUCUCUAUGACCUCACCUCUCUAUGACCACACCCCUAUGACCUCACCUCUCUAUGACCUCACCUCUAUGACCUCACCUCUCUAUGACCACACCCCUAUGACCUCACCUCUCUAUGACCUCACCCCUAUGACCUCACCUCUCUAUGACCACACCCCUAUGACCUCACCCCUAUGACCUCACCUCUCUAUGACCACACCCCUAUGACCUCACCUCUCUAUGACCUCACCUCUCUAUGACCACACCCCUAUGACCUCACCUCUCUAUGACCACACCCCUAUGACCUCACCUCUCUAUGACCACACCCCUAUGACCUCACCUCUCUAUGACCUCACCCCUAUGACCUCACCUCUCUAUGACCACACCCCUAUGACCUCACCUCUCUAUGACCACACCCCUAUGACCUCACCUCUCUAUGACCUCACCCCUCUAUGACCUCCCUUCUGUGUCUCACUUCUCUAUGACAUCACUUCUCUAUGACCUCACUUCUGUAUGACCUUUCUUCUCUAUGACCUUACUCCUCUAUGACGUUCUUUGACAUCACUUCUUUAUGACCUCGCUUCUCUCAGGCCUCACCUCUCUAUGAUCUCACUUCUCCAUGACCCUCUUUGAUGACCUCAUAUGCUAUUAGUAGCACGAAUCGUCGCUCCUUGGAUAGACCAAUGAAGACUCCGAUAGGAUCUUCAGCUCCUUGGAUGGACCAAUAAAGACUCCGAUAGGAUCUUCAGCUCCUUGGAUUGACCAAUGAAGACUCCGAUAUGAUCUUCAGCUCCUUGGAUUGACCAAUAAAGACUCACAUAUGAUCUUCCGCUUCUUGGAUUGACCUAUGAAGACCCAGAUAUUAUCUUCAGCUCCUUGGAUUGACCAAUGAGCACUGCCAAAGCUGUCAUCAGUGUCUUGCUAUUUUUGCAUGUUUUCUUUUUAAGAAUGUGUGGAACUGUUUAACCCUUGUGUUAAGCUCCUUGACCAUAUAUUUGUUACUUUUUUUUAUUCCUAAAAAGCAUUAAGAUCUCCAUUUCAAGCUGCCUAUUAAGGAUGUGUAUUUUUAACAUUUAAAAUGUUUUUUAAGACUGACCAGUUCAAAUAAUUAGUUUUUUCUAAAAAAACACACUUACCAAAAAAGUAUACAGUUUUCAAACGAAUGGAUCACCUGCCGCUAAUGUAACGUAUAUCUUUGUAAAAUCUGACUUAAUUUUUCCUGUGAAAAUAUUACAUUUAGAUUUUCCUCCCAGCUGUAAGAUGAUUUGAUGCUAGUGGUUCAUCAUUGGGUGCUAUUACAGGGCGAGGGAGUUACCCCACAUGUUGGUGGAUGAACUAACCUUACCAAAGGAAACAACGUAAGCCAACAAUUCUAUUCAUGGGUCGCUGUAGUAUGCAAUAGGUGAAGAAUGGGAGAAUGUUACUGAUACUUCUGUCGAUCCAUCAUGCUCGACACAACGGUAAAGAAAUAAUAAAGUCUAAUGGAAUCCAACUUGCUCUAUCUUUAGAUUAUUAUUAAUUAAAUACCACUAGUUGUUGUUUAUUUCCUAGCUAAUACUAAAACCUCCUCUAGUUUUACAUUAUUACCAGGUGACGAUGAGGUAAGGUAAGGGGUCCUCAGAACAGCCGGAAGUCACGGCGUUCUUCCAACAGUUGUUGCCAUAACGACGUCGCCUAGAGACGUUGUUAGGUAACCCGGACGACGCGCUGUCGUAAGGACCGUUCACUAAAACCAGAGGUUAAAGUUAAAUACGCUGUCAAAGUAGCGUCAUUAAUUACUAACAUAAUUUGUAUAGGCAACGUCAUUCUAGGCGUUAUAUUGUAGCCCGUUGAACAGAUGCCUCCUAAGAGAGGUCGCAGCGGCCAGACGAUGGCGGCGGCGGCGACGAACCCAGGCUGGGAGGACGGGUUGAGGACUGCGCCGUUUGAGGAGGGUUCAUGGAGGGCCUGUGUGUCCCUGGUGGUUGGGGGAGCCCCAGCAGAAGAGGAGCUGAUGGGGGCUCUACAGCUGGCCGUGCAGCAGCCCCAACGCAGGCUCUUCACCCUGUUGAGUCGGGCGGCUGUCGAGUCCACGAUCCAUGACCUGGGAAACCCCAAAGCCAAGAGGCCCAAAGACCUCCCCAUGUUCUACGAGGUGACGGAGACAGCCAAGCUGCUGCUGGAUGCAGGUGAGGACGUUCCCUGUGAGCUGAUGGCCUUCGUCCUCAAGUUCCAAAUGCUGCAGGUCAAAGCUAGCGACGAGCACCGGAGGGCUGGCCGGCAGGGCUCUGAGGAUACGGCCCAGAGCAAGGCCGCCCCCGCCUCAGCCCCCAAGCGCAAGCCCCCGGAGAACAAGGCCCAGAAGGGCGUGGCGCCGGAGGCCCCGGGCCCCGAGAAGCAGACCCAGCUGAAGAGGAGGGGGGAGGUCGUCCAGACCGUCCAGUACAUCGAUGAUGAGCCAGAGGACGGGCCCCAGCACUACAUCCUGUUAACGGGCUUCCACCAGGCCCAGCUGCUGCCCGCCCUGGAGGCGCUGGGCGUGGCCGUGGACCAUGUGAUCAAGGUGGAGCGGGAGCACGCUCCAGAAGACAGGGACCCCUCAGGCCAGGGUGGGGAGCGGCCCGGGACGGCCCAGCAGCUGGAGGAGUUCUGGUCCACCCUGGGACGGGUCCUGGAGGGGGGGCCCGCCCGCUCUAAGCUCCAUGACCUGGCUCGUCUCAGCCUCACCGUGGGGGACCGCUUCAAUGAUCCUGGAGCCACGUUGGCGUUGGGAGGGUAUAUCUUCGAGGGCGUGGCCUGUCUGAUCUACGCCUGGCUGGCCCAGCAGAGAGAACAUCAGAACUACCUGGAACACCUGCACCUUACCACCAUACCUACUGUAAUUGAUGAGAGUGUCCAGAACUCCAGAAGGGAAGACGCUCCGAAGGUCCUGAGCAGAGAUGUGGACAUGCGUUACUAUGACAACCUCCUGGAGCAGCUGCCUCCGGAGGCCUGGUCUGUACCCGUCAUCUUACACUGCAUGCUGGAACAGGUGGAGAUGUUUCCUCCAGAGGAAGGAGAAAGUGUUGCUGAACCUGAGCUCCCCCCCGCUCCCCCUGGGAUCCACCGCGGCCUGGCCCGCUGCCUGCUGGAGAAGUUCUUACCUCUGGCUCGGAGCCAGGAGGAGAGGAGACGCAUGCUGGAGCACCUCCUCCCAGAGGAGGAGAGGAGACGCACGCUGGAGCACCUCCUCCCAGAGGAGGAGAGGAGACGCACGUUAUCCCCAGGCCAGAAGCACAGCAAGGCGCCUCAUGGUUUGGACCCCAUGCUGGUGGAAGGGUCCAUGCUCCAGUCUGCCCCCGUGUGGCGGCUGAUAGGCUCUGCAGCUCAGAGGGGGACCAGCAGAACCACCGCCGCGUUCAAGCAGCAGCUGCUCCACUACUGUACCAGUGAGGAGGCCUCGUCGUCCACAGUGGAGCACCUGUUGCACGGCAGGCUGCUGGAGAGCAUGCCUCUAGCAGCAGUUGACCAGCAGGGGGCGCUGAUAAGGAACGACCCACCUGCCAACGGCAGACAGCAGCCACAGCCGCCACACGGUGCACGGCCUGAAGCACCCUGUCCUCCUGCCACAGAUCAGACCUUUGUUACCCAGGAGCCCGACUCCCCAGAGAACACAUCGAGUCUCUUGGAGAAGUUGGACAUCUUCCAGAAGGGCCGGCUGAGAUCUUUCUCUGAACACCGCUACGCUAAACACCACGACCCCAACAUCUUCCCCCAGGUCCUCCAGGCUGCGGUGGACGCAGCCCUCUGCCUGGACUCCUUCCAGAGCCCCCUAGACCAGACUCUCUAUGUCGUCUGUCACAGUCCCCGGAGCUCCCAGAAACGCUGCCACGAAUCCUGGGACACCGUUCUCCACACUGACGUGGCCUUCAGAAAGUACCAGGAACACGUAGCCAACGUCAUCUCUGAUUGGACGAGACUGGAGGGGACCAAGAGAGAGGCGGAGCAAACCAGGAACAUGAGGCUCCUGGAGCCACCACAUGACGCACCCCCCGCCCCUGAGGAGAGCACCCCGGAGUCCAGCCUCAGAGAAGACUCCCUGAAGGCGUGGAAGUUGGAUCAAGAGCAACGCCAGCAGGAGGCGGAGCUUGCCGAGAAGGGAGGGAGGGAGGGCGGUCUGAAGAGAGGCCCCUCCUCCACCGCUGCUGGAGGCAAAACCUCGGCCCGGAGCAGGAAGCAGGAGACCACAGGGGGGGCCCCCGUGGGUCCCCAGGACCAGACCGCAGAGCCCCCAACCACAGGGCCCCCAACCGCAGGGCCCCCAACCGCAGGGCCCCCAACCGCAGGGCCCCCAACCGCAGGGCCCCAGGACCAGCCCCCAGGCGGCCCCACCGCAGAGGCCCCCACUGGGCCCCACGACCAGCCCCCGGGGCCCCAGGACCCGGCCGCAGGCUGCCCCCCCAGCCCUGUGUUCCGGGGUUACCGUAUGGACGGUCAGCUGGUCCAUGUUUCCGGACGCCUUCAACACCUGUUCCCUUCAGACGGGGGGCGCGUCACAGUGCACAGGGUCCGCUUUGUGCAAGGUUCCAGUCUCAUUCAAGUUGCUGUGAAGAAGGACGGCCAUCACUUCAUCACCCACCGUGUGGAGACGGAGUCAGAGCCAACACCUCUGGAGGAAGACCUCGGACCUCCAGGCAGCGACGGUGUGGAGCCACAGGGAUCCUUCUCAGCUCUUCUGGACAACGGCGUCCGUCUUUCUUUUCGCUACGAAGGCAAAGCUGGAAAAGAUCCAGUGUGCCCCCAGGAGGGGACCCAGGACAGCCCCGGCCCCCCCGGUGUCCCCCCAGGGUCUCCCUGCUGCCCAGGCGGCCUUGACCUCCCAGCUGGGCCUACGGUCAGUACCCUGGACCCAUCUCCACCGCGCUGCAUCCCUCCAGCCCCAGCUAGCCCCCCAACUAGCCCCCAGCUAGCCCCCCAGCUAGCCCCCCAGCUAGCCUCCCAGCUAGUUCCCCAGCUAGCCCCCAGCUAUCCCCAAGCUAGCCUCCCAGCUAGCCCCCAGCCCCAGCUAGCCCCCAGCCAGUCCCGAGCUAGCCCUCAGCUAGCCCCCAGCUAG